AAUAUAUUAUGGGUCCCACUUUAUAUUAGGUGGCCUUAACUACUAUUUACUUACAUAAAAAAAAAUAAGUACAAUGUACUUAUUGUGUUCAUAUUGUAUUGUAAAACACCUUUGCUGCUAUUGAGGUGGGAUGGGGUAAGGUUAGGGAGAGGGUUGGAGGUAUGGGUAAGUUUAAGGGUGGGUUAAGGUGUAAAGUAUGGGUCAACAGUGUAAUUAAUUAUAAAUGUAAUUACAGAAAUUAAAUACAGAUGUAAUUACAUGUAGGUUUUUAUUAAAUAUAAGUACAAUGUAAAAACAUGUAUGUACAAAAUAAGUACAUUGUACUAAAUUAUUAAUUAAAAUGUAAGUACAUAGUAGUUAAAGCCACUUAAUAUAAAGUGGGUCCAAUGGAAACUUUUUCUUAUUGCAUAGUGUAAUUCAUGUAUUUUUAAGUAUUUAUGUACAAACAUGAGUGUAUUUUAAUAUUAAGUAUGUAGUUUUGUGCAUGUUACAUGUAGAGUGUUGUCUGUAUGUUGAUCUUUUGGUGUAAGCAGUGCCUCUCCCUAUGUUGGCUGCAGUGGAUGGUUUUUCCAGAGCUCCAUUCAACAUUGAUGACUGAAGCUCAGCUUCAGAGUACCACAAACCCUCUGAAGUACCAUGCAGUCCACACAAAAAUAUUUUACUAACUGUACAGCAGUUACUGUAUAGCAUUAUUGUUCCCCAACUCUGUUCCUGCAAAGAGUAUAAUGUUUUAGUGUCUGUGCUGUAGACAUUGUGCUGAUUACAGAUUGUUUAAUCACAAAUGUAAUUGAUUAUAAUUUUGUACUUAAAGUAGACCAAUCUCAUCACCCCUUAAUAUUACAAUAGAAGGGAAUUAAAUAAACAAUUUACCUUUUCCUGGUAGCAUUGAUAGAUUUUAAUUAUCUGAUAACAAACAGAAAAACAAGUAUUAUAUUUAUUAUACUAAUGCUAUGGUAAAGUUUUACUUUGACUUCAGUGGUAUUCACUCUGUUCCUCCAGGUCUUAAAAGAUUUGAUGCUAUGAUAGGCAGCCUGUAGGCUAACCGUCCUGAUUGUGGUCACACUCCCACUUUCUGUAAUGGCUGACUGGAAGGAAUGGACCACAUAGAGAACUAGUCAUGAAGACCCGAACCAACAAAGAAUCGGUGAGGGCAUUACCGCAUACUGAGAACAGAAUAAAAGAUGCCCGCUCGCAGUGGACGCAGGAGAGGGGGCAGUGAAGAAAGGAGGGGUAGACGUCCGCACCACAGCCCCUCCCGAACAGAGCGCAAUGAAAGGCAAACGCAGAGAACUGCCGGAGAGGAAUUGGCUGUUGGACGUUUCAGCCGGCAAUCUCAAGGCCAUGAUUCAUCAGAAAGUGAAGGAGAGGAGCAUGUGCCACCCCCCAAAAGACAGAAAGUCCAGGACUCCUCCAAUCCCCCAGCCCCACCCCUUUCAACUAACACUCCAACGGCAGCUCCACCUCCAACGUCAAGCAACAGUCAAUCAAGAGAAAGUGACAAUGAGGAUGGCCAAUCACAAGGCAGUCGGAGCUCAGCUGGAGGAAGCUUAGCCAAUAGUAGCAGCAGCAUAAGCAGUGGACGGGACAUUGACCAGGACAAUCGAUCGUCUUCUCCAAGUCUCUCUGCUUCCCCCUUGGCCAGUUUGGAUUCUGAAUCUGAAUCUCCAGAUUCCCCAAAGCAGGGUGAUAAAAACAAAGAUGGAGGGACAUCAAAAUGUGUAGCAGAGGAUCAGAGAGGCUCAGGGAGAGGUGAGGAUGGCACACCAGAGGACCAGAGGGACAGUGAGGGAGGAACGGAGGGAGAUUUAUCUUCCUUAAAGUCCUCAUCAUCCCUCUAUACAUCUCAUCGUGGAAUGGUGGACAAUGCAAGUGAUGCAAGUAGCAACAGGAAGUCAUACUUUCCCCUAGAUUCCAAACUUCCAAACAAAGUGGAGUAUACAGGUCCUGGUGGUCCUGAGACUCUACACACCUGCAGUCGCAUCCCUUCUAAAACAAGCACUCAGUGUGGGAAACCUGGGGUGGGAGGAGCUGAAUAUUCCCAUGGGAAUUCAAAUAUGAGCCAUGGACCAACACUCCCACCUCCACCUGCCCUGAAACCUCUAGAGGUGGGGCAGAAUGUUCCAGGUGGGGAAAGUAAAGCAGACAAGCCAGAGAAAGGUGAUAAGUCUGUUCCACCCUCCUUGCUUCCACAAGCUAGUACCGUUCCCCAGCAACCUCCUCCUCCCAACACUCACCAUUACAACCCCACCAGCUGGUCAGGGGGACCUCCUUCUAGUUGUCCUGGCAACUGGGGAUAUGUGCGUUACCCAGGUAACCACCACACACAUCCAAGCCAGCAGCCCCCAGUGCAGCAACAGCUGCCCUCUGUGUACAAUUCUCCUUCGUCCACCCGACACUCCUCCCACCCACCUUACUUGUCACACCCUCAUCCCCAUCCACACAAAGAGUUCCUGCCCAGGUAUAGCACUGCAGCUGAGCGAGAGAGGGGUGGGAGGGAAUUUGGCAACAGAGACUUCCCUGUAAAUAAUAGCAGUAGCAAUGCAAACAGCAGCAGCGGUAGCAUCUGUGGUAGCAUUUCUGGUGGUGGAGGACCCAACUCUAAUGUGGGCCGGGAUUUUGGGAACUCACUACUUGGACAGAACAGAGAUUAUAGUGCAAACCGGGAUGGACCAGUAGGACCACAGAGUGGUCGGGAAUAUGGACCAGGCUUUAGAGAUCGGGAACGAGGAACUGGGAGGGAGUUUCCUUUGCAAAACCAGCAGCUUCAAGUACAAGGCAAAGAGUUUGGAACUGAAAGCACUGGAGGGGGUGGAUUUAAUCCAAGAGACAAGGAGAGUAGGUGGGUAGAUUUAGCAGUUCAAGCUAGGGAGGCAGGGAUUAACAGUUAUGUUGGUAAUGCCAACCAAGCACCUGUAGGAGCCCCAUCAUCUGCUUUAGCGUCAGUGACCCUGGUGAACCGUGACCCAAGCAAUUCACCACAAAACAGCUCUGGUCAUCCUCCCUUUUCCUCUACAAAUUCAAUCCCCACAAGCAGAGACUAUCCCUCUCCAAUAGAUGCAAAUGUGCAGCAGACACUACAAGUACAGGCUCCCCAAACACCCUCCAAUACUGCAGACCUUCCUCCCCCUCCACACUAUUUAAGAGAGUACCCUCCUCAAGGGUCAAACGAUCCUUACCCACCCCCUGGAUCAACCUCUUCUUCUGUCCCACUUUCUGGUGUGCCAAGGGAGUUCCCGAGUCCACCUGGACUGGCCCCAAAUCUUACUCGGGAGUAUCCUGGAGGACCUCCACUUCCACAUCACCCUCACUAUCCUGGCCAGACAGCCUCGUCUAUGCAGCACAGAGACAGAGAGAGGGAAAAGGACAACAUUACAUCUACUCUUCAUGCAAAUCGCAAUCACCCUCAAUCCCUUUCUCCUACAUCAAGUGGUUCUGGACCUUGUCAUCCAAACUCUACUUCUUAUCCCCCUCCCCCUGCCCCUCCACCACCCUCCACUAGUUCACAUUGUCAGCCAACAUCCAUUACAUCUUUUCCAGGCAAUCAUGCUCGACAGGGUCCAUAUUCUUCAUCGAAUAAGACUCCACCAACACCACUCUCUCCUAUUUCCAGUCCCUCAACCAAUCCUAUGGGAGGGUUUUCUCCUUUUCCUUCAACCUCUGCUCCUUCUGUACCACUUCCUGCAUCAGGUGUAUCCACCUCUUGUUCAUCAGGUUGCAGGCCUACUCCUUACCUUGGCACUUUAAGCACUCAUACUCCUUUCAGUAGCUCUUACCAUGGCAACAGUAACCAUGGAAAUAGCAACACUAAUGGCAAUGCUCCCAACAACAGCAAUAGCACUAGCACCCCAUCAUUAUUGCACUCUCCUCAAAAAACUAAGGUACAACCAACACUCAAUAAUCCCAGUCUUAACAACACUGCUUCAACCCCCAGCACAUCUGUUGGAGUAGAUGGUCGCUUUGAUUUAACUUCUGGCUCAGUGCCACCACCUGUCAUCAAGGAGGAGCCAGUAGAGGAGAGGGAGGAGUUGGAGAGCCCUCCUCCAGUUCUCCUAAGUCCUUCACCAGAACCAAAACCUGUUGACAUUCCAAUUCAUGCCAGCCAAUCAGCUCGGUUCCACAGGGUUCUUGACCGGGGUAGUGGGAACUCUUGUGCCCGUAGUGAUGUUCUGUUUGUUCCACUUGAUGGUUCCAAGCUUUGGAAGAAGAGAAACGAGGCCAUAGAGCGUGCUCGUAGAGAGGUCGAACAACGAGCGAGAGACCUGCGAGAGAAAGAGCGGGAACGAGAGAGAGAAAAGGAGAGAGAGAGAGACCUGGACAGACAUCUUCAGCAGAAGGACAGUGGCACAAGUGCAGGAUUAGGAGCUACAGCCACACGCCAGGCCUCUUCACUUUACUUUCCUCCUUCAUCCUCCAUCCUUCUAGACCCUUCAUCUUCCUCAUCCUCUGUGAACCCAUCCCACCCAGCAGCCCAUCCACAGCACCACCCUGCCCACCAUGCCUCACACCCCCACUCCAUUCACCCCUCUCAUCCUCUGCAUCACUCUCUCUCUCAUUCCAUUCCUCAUUCUCUUCUCCUUCCUUCCAUGGCAGGGGGCUCUCCAGUUGUUGGAGGCCCUCAGGGUGCUCUUGGCAUUGGGCUUGGGGGUCCAUACUUGGGGCCUGAUACCCCAGCCCUCAGAACCCUGAGUGAGUAUGCCCGACCUCAUGCCAUGUCUCCAUUGGGUGCUGCCAGCCGUGCACAGUUUCACCAUCCCCACCUUCACCACCACCACCCUCAUCCGCAUGCACAUGCACAUGCACAUGCACAUGCUAACCCUCAUCCGCAUGUGCAUCCUUCAUUUUUCCUGUCCCAAUUCCAAAACCCAGCUCUCGCCCAUCCCCACCACCUUCCAGCCGAUGCUGCCACGGCUGCUGCAAUUCUGGGCUUCUUGUAUGGGGGUGGACUGGAGGCAGGCCCUACUCAUCCAGGGCCUGGUCCCGGGCCUGGUGGGUUGGCUGGGGUGGGGUUUGGAGGAGUGGGAUUCCCUCAUGCUGUAGCUGCUCAAAGAGAGCGCAUGAAGCCAGGAUUUGAGUUUAAGAGCGAGGAGCGUGUCUAUACAGCUGGAGCCUUAGCUGACCCAGCAAUAGCUUUGUCACAUGCACACUCGCACACACACUCACACUCCUUGCUGUUGGGUGGUGGGGCUGGAGGUGGAGCUACUGGUAAUGAGGUUGCCCUUUAUGGUACUCCACCUCCUGCACCGCCCCCUCAAGCUUUGGCUGCAACAGCUAGGAAUCCAAAUCCUAUUCCUCCAUCUCUGUCAAUCCCACCCACCUCCUCUAUUCUCCCAGCCACACUCCCCAUCAACCAGGCUUCUGCAGGAGCCCCAGUGACACCAGCAGCCCCCGCCCCUCCCCCUCAACCUCCUCCCCCACCUCCUCCUCUUCCAACAGCCUCAUCUCUUCAUCACUCCUCUCCACAUUCUACAUUUCCAAAUACACACCCUUCUUGUCAGCCCCCAACGCUACCAACUCAGGCUACGCCCUCUGAACGAUAUCCCACCCCCAUUCGCACUCCUCCCAGCACCGAACGUGCUAGGAGCGUGGAGAGGGAAAGGGAGAGAGUGGUGCCUGCCACAGAGAGGGAGCGAGAGAGGGAUAGGGAAAGGGAAAGGGCAGGGACAGGUGGAGGAGCAGCAGGAGGAGGUACAGCAGCGGCAGGAGGCACAGGAGGAGGAGAUUCUCUUGGCCGGCUACAGAUGCUGAACGUGACUCCUCAUCACCACCAACAUUCACAUAUUCACUCUCACUUACAUCUGCACCAGCAGGACACAGCCGCGGGAGGGGUACACCCCCUGAUGGAUCCGCUGGCAUCAGGGUCUCCCCUGGCCCGCCUGCCAUACCCAGGGGCUGCUCUUGGGCCUCCCAUCCUGGCACACUCCCUCACUGACAGCGAGGUGCUUCGACAGCAGCUCUUUGGUGGUCAUUUUCGUGAAAUGCCCCAGUCCUCGUCUCUGGGUGGGUCCAUGUCUGCAGCACACCAGCUCCAGGCGAUGCAGCAGGCUCAGAGUGCCGAGAUUCAGUUCCAGAGACUUGCCCUGGAACAGCAGUGGAUCCACCACCAUCACUCCCUCACCCAGGACGAGUACUACAGCCACCUAAAGAAAGAGAGUGACAAAACGCUGUAAUAAACACAGAGGACAUGAAGACAAGAAAAUGAAGAAGGGAUGAAAUGCAAAUAAAAAGAAACAAUCAUUUCUAAAUUCAGCACUGAAUGACAACAAAUCUGGAUAGUGGUUUGGAUGUGACAUCAGAAGACAUAUCAGUCUGAACUAACUUAAAUAUAGGUGCAACAAAUAAUGUGUAUAUUCCAAAAAAGGUGAGAUUUAUAACUUUGGCAUACAGCCUAGACACUGUGGCACUGAACAGUUAUUCCCAAACGUCCUGGAAGAUUCCUUUUAUUGUGUUAUUUCAAACACCAGACAGAGGAGUUCAGUCUAUGUACACAACAUAAUGCCAGAGAGAAUGUCUAAGAAUCAAGUUCACUUUUAUGUCUUUGCAUGUAGCUAGAUAUAAAAAGCCCAAUGGGCUAAAACUCUUGUUCUUUUUUUUUUCUGUUUGUAUGUUUUUGGAAAACUUUACCACUCUGAAAGAGUUUAUGAAAGGGUGCAUGAGAUGAACAGCUUACCUUCUUAAUGUUCCUUUAAUGUGUUCUUAUUAAAAUUAUUAAUGUUGUUUGUUUGUUAAUAAUUAUAUGAUUAUAUAAACAUUUUUUAUUUUAUUUUGUUUUACAUUUUCAUGGAACCACUGUUAAUUUUUUAAUUUUUUAUGUUGAAUUAACUACCUUGAGGUGGUGUGUGGGGGGGGGGGUAUGGGGU